CCAGUUGCUGCCGAAAUUCAGCUCCAAAUAAAAAAAUUUGGGAGUUUAAUUUGAUUUAAAGAAUGGAAAACUAUCUAAAGAAGUUAGAGAUCGACCAUCUUGAUUAUGUCAAUUAUAUUUUCUUGACUACUGUUAGCAUUAUCACAGCCUGUGCAGACGUAUGGUGAUGGAAAGUCCAAAUGUUGUAUGGUGUAUGCAAAGGAUCUCGAUAUCACUUGGUCUGGAGACACUCGUUACUGGCGAUGGGUCAAAGAAACUAGUGGUGGCAACUUCGAAGCUGCUGAACUGUUAAAUGUGUGUUGGCUAGAAGUGCGUGGAAAACUUUCGACCACAGACCUCUCACCAGGAACUCUGUAUGAAGUUGUAUUUGUGGUCAAGAUGAAAACUGAAGCUUAUGGCUGGGAUGCCCCAGUGAAUUUGAAAUUCACUCCCCCAGAUGGUGCAGUUCCAAGGGAGACCACAAUUAAAUUGACAGAUUUGAAGGAUAGUAAAGAUGAAUGGAAAGAUAUUCCGUUUGGUGAGUUUAAAGCACCCGCAAAUCCUGGGAACAUUGAGUUUUUGUUGUAUGAAUAUGGUGGGAGAUGGAAGAGCGGACUUGUUAUCAAGGGUGUUGCCGUUCGACCAAAGAGCUAAGUUGCAGAAUUUAUUGUAAUAACUA